UCCUUAGUCAGUCUCGGCAUUGUACACCUGAAAGUUUAUCUAGGUUACGAAACUAAAAUUGACUAAAACAAGUGUAAUAGUGAUAUUAGAUAAAAAACGCUUUUUUCUCAAGCAUUCCUAUAGCAAAAGAGGAACAUAUUUUGUUUUGAUAAAAUUGAAUAUAGCAAAUAGCUUCAACACAAUGGCUGAAGAAUCGGGAUCUGGCUGUCAUCUACGAAGACGGCGUGGUCUCGGUAAACCACAGCUGGCCUUAAACCUGGAUCCGGGUUAUGUCCAUGAAGGUUGCAGUAAACUGGGAACACCCUCACCGAGUUACGUGAAACUAACACCAAGUAUUACCCCCAGUUCAGCCAGAUUGUUACAAGACUUUAAGAAUAAACAACAAUCUUUUGAUAUACGGGUAGAAGAUUGCGAAGAAAUAGAAAUUAUUAUAGAGAGCGACGAAGAAGGUGAAGUUGAGGAAAAUGCAUCGGCAGUCGUACAGAAUCGACCCAUAACUCCAACACCCGUACAGGAUUUCGGUACUAGUGUCGUUUAUGUGGAAGGACCGCAAGCUACCGAUUUUCUGAAAGUGAAAACAUUUGAGCAAGAUUGUUAUACUGAUGUCUCGGAUGCAGGUUCAGACGAAGAAGACGAACAAUAGUCUGACAUUAUUAAACAUAUCACAUUACUCAUGUUUUAAAGCACUACAUAAUAUAUUUAUUUACACAAUUAUAUAAACUAAUAAAUAAAUAUAUUUCUAUACUAACAUUGCUUUUUAAAGUAA